UCUCUCUUUCUCUCUCUCUCUCUCUCUUUCUUCUCGUUCUUCUCUCUUUCUUUUUUAUCUUUUUGCCUUUUGUAUCGUGAAUGCAGCACAGUCCCAACGUGUUCCAUCGGGAAAUCUUCGAGAGACGACGAGUUUUUCGGACGAUAUAUACUAACCGUGGCCGCGAAUAAACGCCAGGAAAGUAUAUAUGUAACGUAAAGGAUACAAGAAAGGAGUCUGUGAAUUCAAGAGAAAACAAACGGGUUUCCACGCAGUUUUAUAUAUAUACAUAUAAUACAUAUAUCGGAUAAAAAUGAAUAAAAUAAGUAUACAGUUAUUAUAAUGUUCGUUACAACGAUAAAUAUUUAAACGUAUUUCUAAUAGAUAUAGGACAAAAAAGUUGUAAUAUUUUCUUCCAUCGUUAAAUAGUCAAUAGAUAAGGGUCAAUAUGAUAUAUAAUAGAGUGGUCGAUAUGAUCAGAACAAUUACUGCUAUUAGAAUCGUCAGUGUCGAGUUAAAAUAGUUACAAUUCGUCAAUUAUUAAGAAAAAAAAGAGCAGAAUCCCGAGAAUUGUUUUAACAGGUAAACCAAUACGUACGGAUCAUAAUGAAUCGUUGGGAAGGAAAAGUCGCGGUCGUGACUGGUUCCGCAUCCGGAAUCGGUAAAGCGAUUACGCGUGCUCUACUUGAAAGGAAGAUAAUCGUGGUUGGUUUGGAUAUUCAGAACGAGAAACAGAAAGAAAUGACUAACAAUAGAGAGAAUGCGACGAAUGGAUAUUAUCCUCUUCAUUGCGACAUUACCAAUGAGGACGAAUUGGACGCUGUUUUUUUAUUUGUCAAAAAGAAAUUUACCGGAGUUGAUAUUAUGGUGAAUAAUGCCGGUGUUAUAGAUUUUCAACGCAUUAUUGAAAGCGACAGGAAGACAUUUGAAAGGCUGUUAAAUAUUAAUGUACUCGCAAUGGCUGUGUGUAUGAACCGUGCAGUACGCUCGAUGCGAGAGAGGAACGUCGAAGGGCAUGUUUUCAAUAUCAACAGUGUUUUAGGACAGAAACUAUUAAUACCUUUUUUAUCCGACGUCGAUGGCUUUAACGGAUGGAAUUUGUAUCCUGCUUCUAAACAUGCCGCAGUUGCAUUAACUCAUACAGUCAGAGAAGAAUUGUGUCUCAUUAAAGCAUCCAUUCGAGUUACAAGUAUUUGUCCAGGUAUCGUGAAAACUAAUCUACCCAGUAAAUUCCCGGUCAUUAAAGAAUCAGUUGACAAACUCUCGAUACUUUUACCGGAAGAUGUUGCCGAUGUUCUCAUUUAUGCGCUUGGAACACGUCCCGAGGUUCAGAUUACAGACAUAACGCUAAAACACAGAGAAGAAUUAUAAUCUAUUAAGUUUUCUAUUAUAAGUAGAAUGGAAAAUUCUACUGGCUGGUAAAAGUAUUUUUCGAUAACUAUACGUUGAUAAUAAAUUUAAGUCCAAAAUUAAAAAGUAAUUAUAUUCAAUAUAUUAUAAUAUAUCAAAGAGAAACAUGAUAAAUAAAUGAUACUUCGAUUAAAGAAGAUUCGCAAGGAAAAAAAUGUAAAUGUGAUUUACAGUAUAUUUAAAAGUUUAUGAAUAUGUUAAAUUGAUGAAAUGGUAUUAUUUUUUUU